AUGUCGACGCCCUACACCCUUGGGCCUGUUAUUGACCGACCUACUUUCACCCCUGCAACUCGAGCACCUCUCAAGAUUGCCCUCGAGGAAGCCGCAGGCACAACUGUUUUUGAUCCCACGACAACACUGCCCCCGCUGAAGUUCACCGGCGAGCUUCCGAAUGUCGUCAGCGAUUAUGUUGCAGACGUCAAGUAUCGUCUCUUCGACAUAGGCAGCCGAGUCCAAGCCAUGGAUCGGGCUGGUAUUGCCCUCACCGUGGUGUCCUUGACCAUGCCGGGCAUCGAAGGGAUCCUAGACAAAGCUACAGCCGUCGACUUUGCCCGCAAAGUCAACGACGAACUAUACCAACGCUAUCGUACAGGUCCCCACAGCCAGCGGUUUCGCGUGUUCGGCUGUGUGCCGAUGCAGGAUCCCGAAGCAGCAGCUCUAGAGGCCGAGCGAUGCGUCCGUGAUCUGGGCUGCGUCGGGGUCUUGAUCAAUGGGUUCUCCAACAUCUCUAGCACCGACGUGCAGUAUCUGGAUGAACCUCAAUGCGCACCAUUCUGGGCCAAACUCGAAGAACUGGACGUUCCACUAUAUUUGCACCCGCGGCCUCCCCCGCCAGACCAGAUGCGAGUGUAUAAAGGCUAUGAAUAUCUUGCAGGAAGCCCGUGGGGAUUUGGUGCAGAGACAGCUGCUCACGUUAUCCGUCUCUUCGAUCGUCACCCAAAGCUGAAGAUCAUAAUCGGACACUGCGGCGAGGGUAUUCCCCACUCACUGUAUAGAAUUGACCAUCGCCUGAGGCAUUUCAAAAGGGACAAUGUCCCCUGCUUGAAACCUCUACAGCAGUACUGGGAAGAGAACUUCUGGAUCACUACUGCAGGCGUGAUGAGUGAUACCGCCCUCGCAUCAACCGUCAAGGUCUGCGGCGAGGAUCGAGUUAUGUAUAGCGUAGACUACCCCUACGAAGACUAUGAUGAAAUUGGGGCGUGGUUCGAUGGUUUGGAGAUGAGCGAGGCCACAAGGGCCAAGAUUGGCUGGGGAAACGCGAAAUCGCUGCUCAGGAUCUAG